AGGUGAAAGCGAAAGCCACGCCUCCUCUUGUAGAAAAUAUAAGGAAGGACUUCUGCUCUCUUAGUGCGCACUUCUGAAUUGUUGUGUUUUGUAUCUCUACAACCAUGAAAGCUCUCCUAGCAGCUUUGGUGAUCGCCCUGAUACAAGGCAGCGGUGCUACUCUGCUCAUCAGAGGGAAUCCUGAGGUUGCACUGGCCGGGAAACCUUACAGUGUGGAAUGCCUUCUGGAAGACUCCGAAUACUCCAUAGACAAUGUCCAUAUGGAGCAAUAUUUCGGCAAUGAAUGGAGGUCCAUAGGCAGUUGGGGCUACAGAUGCUUUUCACGGACAAUGCGGACAGAGGACAAACUCAUGCUGAAGUUUUUCUUUAUGUCUCCAAGACAACUCGGACCUUAUCGUUGUGUGUUGGACGGCCCCAAUGUGACUGCUGCAGAGUACACUGAACCACUGAACAUCACCGUCCACUACUUGUAUGGCCCGUGGCUGUCCCGGGAGGGCGACCGUGGUACAGUCAAUGACAUACUCACGGUGAGAGAAUCAGAGGAUGUUGUGUUGAAGUGCAAAGCUGAGUCGUCCGAAGAGCUGGAAUUCUUCUGGUACAAGCAGUAUGAAGACUGGAUCCUGCCAUCCUCUGUGCUCACACUGAACAAUGUGAGUUUUCUGGAUGAGGGCAGCUACACCUGCACUGUCCGGCACCCCACCAUUCCCUCCCUGACCAGGAAUAGCACCAUUGAGCUCUCUGUGCUGACGGCGCUACAGUAUAACAUGUGGAAGCUGGAGAAGACUAGAAGCUAUAAGGUGGAGCCAAGAGAAAAAGAGAGGGAAAGACAGGAGAUGAGCUCGUACCUGGACGGGGAUUCGCAGAUCAUCUUGUUGACAGUAGGGGGCGUGUUGGCCUGCUUGGUGGCCAUCAUCUCUAUGACAACCUUCUUCUGCUUCUGUGCCAAGAAGGUCAAGACCAGCAAGGGGCCCAUCGAUGACCACUCUGCGAAGAAGCCCAUCUACAAAUCUAGCCUGGAGUCCGUCCCCAGCACCUGCACCGACAAACAGCCUCUCGUGUGACGGCGUGCGGACCGCUCGGAGGGGGAUGACAAGGAAGAUGGAGGAAGAUGGAGGGAGAUGGGAGCGUGAUGGAGUGGGUGGGCUGUGAAUGAGGGAUAGGGUUAGAAUGGUACUUAAAAAGGUGAGAUAGGGCCGGUAUGAAUGGUUGCUGCUCCGAGGGGAAGGACGGAUGAGAUGCAGAGAGCUGAAAGAAAGAGAACAAAAUCGAAAUCAGUAACAAUUCGGGUGUAGGAAAAAAGCUGAAGGGCAAAUGAUUGCUUUAGAGGCCCUUUUUUUCCGCUUUUGGGUGUGGGUUGCCAUAGUUACGCAUUGAUGGACAAAAGGAGGGGCAAUUUUCUUUUCAUUUAUUCGUCGGUUUCGGAAAAUGGUGAAGCUUCUUGCGGAGUGUACGAGGUAAAGACUCCUAGCAAUUCUCGGCACACAUAAUUGCUCCGCUGUGAUUAUGAAUGAGCCAUUUAUGUAAUAGGACUGGGGUUGUUUAGCUGAUUUUGUUCCCUCUCAAACUACCCCCUUUAUUUUUUCCCAGCCACAACCUGCUUUGAAACAUCUGCGUCGCUGUAUUGUUUGAAGCGUUGGGUUUUAAUAGCGCAUUGCACUUUUUAAAUUCACUUUUUGCACUUAUUAAAUGGAUUUGAAAACCA